UCUGUUACGUACCGAAUCGAAGCAACGAGGGAAGAAACCGGCACGACUCUGUCAUAUAGAGGAUUUACGGACGUUAUAAAAACCACAAUACCGUUACUUUAACCGAAAAUAUCGCACUUUAUUAAGCCUGUUGCGCUUGAAAUGUUACAGUUUAGGUUCUCGGGGGCGUUAAAGGAGUUUUGUAAACCGAAUCUGAGGCGCAUAUUGAAUAAUAGUAAGACAGAUAAUAAAACAAAAGUCGCGUCUCGCUCCAUUAGCGCCGCCGCCGGUGCGCUACCGCUGUCCUGGAGGCGCGUCGCCGCCGCUGGAGGAAGAUGCUGCGCGUCUUCGUUUAGACGCGCACUGUGUACAGAGACGGACGCAGCCGGCCAAGCCCAGAAAAAUGCGCUCGGCCCUGAAGCCGUGGAGAAAAGAAGGAAGGCAGGCAUUUUGCCCAGCCUGGAAGAUCUCCUGUUUUACACCAUUGCAGAGGGACAGGAGAAAAUUCCAGCACACAAAUUUACCACGGCAUUAAAAGCCACUGGUCUGCGUACCGGAGACCCUCGUCUUAAGGAGUGCAUGGAGAUGUUAAAGGUCACGCUAAAAACCACGUCAGACGGCGCUCUGGAUAGACAACUUUUUAAAAAGUGUGUGCAAAGCAACAUCGUUCUGCUGACUCAGGCAUUCCGCAAGAAGUUCGUCAUUCCCGACUUUCAGUCGUUCACCUCCCACAUCGAUCAAAUUUACGAGAGCGCUAAAUCAUUAUCAGGUGGCCAGGUGGCGGACUACAUUCCUCAGCUAGCAAAAUUUAGCCCAAAUCUUUGGGCUGUUUCUCUUUGCACUGUAGACGGCCAACGAUACACCGCUGGUGAUACGAAAGUCCCGUUUUGUCUGCAGUCAUGCGUGAAACCUUUAAAAUAUGCCAUCGCGGUUCACGACCACGGCACUGAAUAUGUACACCGAUUUAUAGGGAAAGAGCCCAGCGGUCUUCGUUUCAACAAACUUUUCCUUGAUGAAGAUGAUAAACCUCACAAUCCCAUGGUAAACGCUGGCGCCAUUGUGUGUACCUCCCUUCUCAAGCAAGGUGUAAGCAACGCUGAGAAAUUCGACUAUGUGAUGAACUUUAUGAAGAAGUUGGCAGGAAAUGAAUAUGUCGGUUUUAGCAAUGCUACGUUUCAGUCUGAGAGACUGUCGGGUGAUAGAAAUUUCGCCAUUGGUUACUACCUGAAGGAAAAGAAGUGUUUCCCAGAAGGUACAGAUAUGACCGCCAUCUUGGAUCUGUACUUCCAGUUGUGCUCUAUCGAGGUGACUUGUGAAAGCGCCAGCGUCAUGGCGGCGACCUUGGCUAACGGUGGCUUCUGUCCAAUCACGGGCGAGCGUGUGUUGAACCCGGAGGCCGUGAGGGACACCCUGAGUCUCAUGCACUCUUGCGGCAUGUACGACUUCUCCGGACAGUUUGCUUUCCACGUUGGUCUUCCGGCCAAAUCGGGUGUUUCUGGUGGCAUCCUACUGGUGGUGCCAAAUGUAAUGGGUGUCAUGUGUUGGUCUCCUCCUCUUGAUAAACUGGGCAACAGCGUGCGUGGCAUCCAGUUCUGCACGGAUUUGGUCCAGCUUUUUAAUUUUCACAACUAUGAUAAUUUACGCCACUUCGCCAAAAAACUGGAUCCGCGCAGAGAGGGAGGAGAACAGCGGGUCAAGUCGGUUAUCAACUUGCUGUUUGCUGCCUACACAGGGGAUGUAUCUGCCUUGAGGAGGUUUGCACUGUCGUCAAUGGAUAUGGAGCAACGAGACUACGACUCCAGAACUGCUCUUCACGUAGCAGCCGCUGAAGGUCACACUGAAGUUGUGCGUUUUCUCUUGGAGGCCUGUAAAGUAAAUCCAGAGCCCAAAGACAGGUGGGGUAACACUCCAAUGGAUGAGGCCGUUCAUUUCGGCCAUCAUGAUGUGGUUACCAUCCUUCAGGACUAUCACACCACCUACAGCCCGAAGGACAUCACAGCCGAUGGAGAAAAAGAGACGGCUGAGAAGAAUCUGGACGGGAUGUUGUAGAGAUGUUUAAAGUGGAGAAAACAGUUACAAAACAAACAAACAGUGUUUGGACCCUUUUAUUCCUGUUUUGUGGGGUGUGUGUGUGUGUAACCUCUGUAGUUUUGGUUUACUGUACACGGGGGAAUGUAUGUAGAGUCUCAUAAAAAGUCUGAUUAGCCAUAACUCCAACUGAAAGGGCAAUACAAAUCGAAUAUACUCAAAUAUACACUUUAAUAUGUAAAAUGUAACUGUGCGAGAUCACACCAGACGUGGAAGAGUCGGCAAGCGUGAGUAAUUUACAUGUUAAGUCAAUGCAAAGAUGCGAAUAGGCAUCUUGCGGCGUGAAUGGCACAGCACGAUUGGUGCGGGGUGCGCAUAGUGCGUUACGCGCAAAUUGAGCAUUGCCGCGGAAAACACGCAAGUUGGAAAAUCUGAACUUUGGGGGAUAUUGGCGCCACCUUAAGCAAUCAUGGGCUUGCUCUAGUAGUGACCUGAUUACAGAAAACGAGUGGAGUCGCUGAAGCCCCACCCAUGACGCGAAUUUCCGCGUAAAUGUCUCGAAUGACUUAUGCUACUUACACACCUAACGCGGGGCACCUAGAUUACUUGCGGGAUUUAACAUCGUGUCAUGCGAAUUUUUCGCUCGAGUUGAAUAUUUUCAAAAUAAAAACGCGUUUGAGGUGAAUAGCGCAUGUUUUUGCGGCAAACGUGGCGCCCAUAUCACAUCAUUCGCAUUGCCCCACGCGAGGACGCGUCUGAUCGCGUCUUUGCAUUGACUUUGUAUGUAAUCUACUCGCGCAAAUCGUUGAACUCGCGUCUGGUGUGAGCCCACAGUAAAAAUUUCAUGUGAGGCUUUCAUUCGCAAAUGGAGCGAGUAAACUUAAAACGUUCAAGCGCCCAUAUAUUUUUGCCGCCUCUACUGCGUCUGGUGUGAAUGCACGAUAAGACUAUUAUAUAUGUAUAUAUUAGUAUGGUUUGAGAAGGUUUAUGUUUCGUACAAACAUAAAGAUGUCAAAUGGAUAUUUCAUCAAAGAUAUCUAAGAAUAGCAGCUUAAGAGCACUGACCAGCAUUAGGUGAGAUAUGUAACAAAUCUAUUUACUUUUUUAUUUAUUAUUUUACUCUAAACGUUGACCACAAAACCAGUCUUGAGUCGCACAGGUAUUUGUAACAAUAGCCAACAAUACAUUGCAUGGGUCAAAAUGAUCGAUUUUUAUUUGAUGCCAAAAAUCCUUAGGAUAUUAAGUAAAGAUCAUGUUUCGUAAAGAUAUUUUGUACAUUUCCUAAUGUAAAUAUAUCAAAACUUUAUUUCUGUGAAUGGUUGCAGUUGCUAAGGACUUCAUUUGGACAACUUUAUAGGCAAUAUAUUUAGAUUUUUGUUUUUGUACCCUCAGAUUUAUAAAUAGUUGUAUCUCGGCCAAAUAUUGAAUAUGUUUACAUGCAAUCUUACGGCAUUCAUGCUUAACUCUUUCCCCGCCAUUGAUGAGUUAACCUUAAGUUAACUCAUCAAUUAAGAGAUAACGCUUCCCUGCCAAUGACGAGAAUUUCCGGCUUUCCGCAAUACCGCUAUUAUCCACCAGGUGCACCACUUCUGCAACUUAUACAACCCGGAAGUAAUGCCUCACGUUAAAGAGAAAGAACUCUGUGUAUGUUUUAAAGAUCGCUCUGGAUUUGAUCUCUAUCAAAAGUCCUUCAAAAAAAUUGAAUUAUCUCAGCUUUUUGCUCAAAAUUUGGUGUUUUGGAAGAAAUCUACUCAUAUUUGAGAGGUACUAAAAAGACUAAUGAGGGUAGGAUUAACGUAUUUUUUUUUAAGCAGAGGGUCUGUUCUUUCAUCUGAUAUAUUGUGUUUAUAUAUUUUAAGAAGAAAAUUUUCUGGAAGGCAUUAAACUUUUGUGAAAAUCAUGAAAAAUGCUGGCGCUGGCUGGCAACUUUUUAAAAAAACGCCCAUAACAGCG